UAAAUGCAGCGUCGUCCAUGGCUCGGGUUUUCCAUGGCAAAUCAAACACACGAGCACUAGAAGAGGCGCACCUACGACUACGACUACUAGCUAGCUAGUAGCUAGGCGCUUAGCUUACUCUUGUCAGCAUUUCUGCCUUCCUAGCUUUGUUCAUUUGCCCAUCGAUUGUGGUUGCCUCCGAUCCUCAGCAGGAUCAUAUUGAACUAUGGGCCUUUCUGAUGACAAAAACAAGUUCGACGUCUAUGGACCAAAGCAUAUGAUGGCCCAAACUGGCAUUGAGUUUGACUGGGACGACAAGGACCACUGCCGGUGCAUUAUCGCCUGUCUUGUUAAAGGCACUUACGUUCUGGAGUGCGAUCGAACCAAGAAGGUGGAGGACAAACCCGAUGCGCUCGCGCCGGCGUGGUGGGAGAGCUUCCAUUUCCAGCGCCAUAACGUGCUUGAGUUCAACUGCGAAUGCGUCUUCUGCACGAACAGCCGGCGGAUCUUCGAAGGCAGAGGAUACGUCUAUGGAGCCGUCUUCGAGUACGCGCCGCCGGAGGGGGCGCGCCGCCACCCGUCGGCUCCAAGCUACGUCGUCGCCUUCCGCGGCACCAUGCCACGGGACCCCACGAUUGCCCCCGACAUGCUUCAGAACCUCUGCAUCCUGAUCAACAAGCAGCACGUGUGCCACCGCUUCCUCCACGCACGCGAAAAGGUAGGGCAGCUCCUAAGCUCCAUCUCCAUCCCCAAUAAUGGCGGCAGCUCCGUGGUCUGGCUCGCGGGGCACUCGCUCGGUGCGUCGAUAGCGCUGGACGUGGGGCGUCACAUGAUGACCAAUAGGGACCUCAACCUCCCGGCCUUCCUCUUCAACCCGCCGCAUGUAUCGCUGGCUCCGGCGAUCGGAGAGGCGGCGAAGAAGGACGUGUACACCGUGGGUUAUUUGGGCAGGUACGCACUAGGGAAAGUCCUGACGCCCCACAAGGAUCGCAUGGACGAACUGUUCCAGAAGCUGAAGCCAUGGAAGCCGAACCUGUACGCGCACGAGAGAGACAUCAUCUCCAAGGGCUUCAUCGACUACUUCGAGCAGCGGGAGGUGAUGAAGGAUAGGCUCCCCGGCAUGGCGAGGACAGCUGCGACACUGUCGUUCCGCGACAUGGCCUACCAACUGUUCGGCAAGCACGAGGAGCGGCCGCACCUCCUACCAUCCGCACUGCUGUGGAAGAACCAGAGCAAAGACGGCAACGCGCACGAGCUCCGGCAGUGGUGGCAGUCGCCGGAAGGCCCGAAGAAACUAGUGUUGAUACACAAUCUAUACACGUGGCCUUGAAUAUACAUGUCUUGUGCUUUAUUCUCUCUGUAAUAUCUGUUUGAUUCACCGGAGGCAUGUUUGCAUCUUUAGUUUUAUGUUUUGCGAAUUUUAGUGUUUGGUACAAGAUCGAGGACCGUAUGUUGAGAAGGUUAAAAAUCUGUACUUUCAUAAUUUUCUUUUCCGGUCAAGAUAUGAAUUGCACUAAAAUAAUAGUGAUGGAUACGGUCUUGAUUUUAUA